UUCAAAUCCUCAGUUCCAUCUCUCGAUUACAAUUUCACAAAUGAAACUGAGCAAAACGACAGUUAACCAGAAACAUUUAAGCAUCCAUUCAUUUGGCUUUGAACUCAAAACGACGCAGUUUUAAAGCAUCAAAUAGCUUUCAACCAAAUUCAACAAGAUCUGUCCCAUUACACGAAUACAAACAACUUAUUGCUACAAUUCAGUCCUAUUUUACACGGAUUCAAUCCAUUUAUCCUCUUUUUGCAGAUGUGUCGGAUAAAAAGAUGGCAGUAGCUGAAGCAAGGGCCGCUUGGCAAAGAACCGCUAAUCGCUGUUUUGUUCAGGAAGAUGCGAAAAGAGCUCCGAAGUUAGCUUGCUGCCAACCGUCUUCAUCGGUUAAACAGAUUGAUAGUGGACCGACAAAUGCAGCAGACAUGCCGGAAAAUGCUGGUCUUGGUUUUAUGCCUCUCCACAGGAACUCUUCGUUUUCCAACUUACCCCCUGAUACUAGAUGGUGGCUUCAGCUACAGCCUAGUUAUGGUUACCAAAAGGGGUUUACAUGUGAUCAGUUGAAUGUCUUAGAGGCUGAGAUGGAAAUUCUUAGAACUGAGAUUGUAAACUUGCCGUCUAAGACUGGUGAGGUCCGGCAUAAUGAUGACAAGAGAAGCGAUAGUUUUGAUGGUAGUGAGAAGCAUGAGUCUUCCUUUGGUCUGCGUUGUAGGAUCUCGGCUGACUGUAGAAAUAAAAAUCCCGAUGUUAAAAACAAUGAGGCAAGGGCUCUAAACGAUAAGAAUGCACAAGAAUGUGAGCCUAAAGACACAAAAGGAAUUUCCAAAUUGAUGGAUAUGGAUCCGUUUGAAUGUUUUAGACUGCAAAAGAGUGAUGAUUAUUGUUUUGAUUCAGAGUCGCCUUUUAUUGGAGGUGAAGAGGAUGUACCAUGGUGGCAAAUUACAGAUAAAGAUGACUUGGCCUCCUUGGUUGCACAGAAAUCUCUGGAUUAUAUUGCAAAUUGUGACCUUCCUCCACCUCAGAAGAUGCAUAUUAGGAGAUACCCUAAUGGCUAUGCUGGAUCUUCUGAUCAUGACAACGUCCUUUCUUCAUCUUCGGACAGGAAGGCACAAAGUGGUUGUGUCUCUAGCCCAAUAGUUCAUGCCCAUGGCUGUCCUAGUUCUGAGAGCUUGGACAAAAGACACAGUGCUUCGUUGGAAGGGCAGUCACCGAGUGGUUUUAAUAGGCCACAUAGUAAUACCGCAUCUCAUAAAGCGAUGACGGAAAUUGGACAACUUCCUGAGGGUGAUCCUUGCAAGGCUCAGCUACUGGAAGCUCUUCGUCAUUCUCAAACACGAGCCAGAGAAGCUGAGAAGGUAGCAAAGCAAGCCUGUGAUGACAAGGAACACAUUGUUAAGCUGUUUUUCAGACAAGCCUCGCAGCUUUUUGCAUAUAAGCAGUGGUUCCAACUUCUACAGCUUGAAAAUCUGUACUACCAAGUGAAGAAUAGCGAGCAGCCAAUAUCGACCCUGUUCCCAGUGGCCCUUCCUUGGAUGCCACAGAAAGGUAGGAAGCUGCGGAAGAACUGGCAAAAGUCAUCAAGAAGUAAACGUGGGAAGCGCGGACGAGUGGGUCCUGACAUUAGCAAGUAUGCUCUUGCACUUGCACUUGGUUUGGGUCUUGUUGGCGCCGGCUUGCUUCUGGGAUGGACAGUGGGGUGGAUGCUGCCUAUAUGAGUUAACACUGAAAUUUCUUGUAUAUUUAAAUGUACUUAUUUAGUUUCCUAUGUAUAUAUUUAAAUGUAUUUAUAUAGCUUCCUAUGUAUAUCCUUAGCUUCUUAGUCUUGCUUUUUGUAAAUUCUGCUGGGUUUGCAGCUUUUAUGCAAAUGAUGCGAGGGGACUGUUCAUGUGGUGAAUAUGUUACGAGUUAGAUGUAUAAUCAAUGGAAAAUAUCAUCAUAUUUCUAUUUGCAAA